AUGUGCCAAGUCCAGCGCGUGCUCAACACCUGCGGCCACAAGAACGACCACGUCCUGCUAACCUGCCAUCUUGCGAGACGAGCCCUGCCGCAGCCCGAGUCCUCAAGCACAUCCACACCCACAUCCACAUCCACACCCACAUCGUCCUCGUCGUCCUGUUUAAGCAGCCAACGGCGCCAAGAAGCAAGCCAGCAUCAAGACCACCGAGCAUGCUCAGACCAGCCGCAACGGACCGUCAUGCUCUCCAUCACGGACGUCGAGCUCGUUAUCGCCAAGACCGGGUUCCAGGCCUGCAGCCAGCCGUACUGUAUCUUUGCGAGGAUCCGGGAGCUGGAGUCGCCGGUGGGGUUUAAGUGUAUGGUGGAGGGGUGUGAGAGGGCGGAUUGA